UCCGCUCUCUGUCUGCCACCCUGCCAUAUUUAGCAACGCCAUUAAAACAGAACGUGAGAAAACAGGAAGAAAAAAAAGAGAAAAAGAACAGAAAAACUGUAAAAGUAAAGCAAAAGAGUCCCUAAUUUAUUUGCGAAGAAGAACCAAUCUCUAAGGAUGAACCUGAAGGGAGCUACGAGCUCCGCAGCCGAUGGAGGGAAUGAUCCUCCUGCUCCGAAGAGGAAUUCGAAGAAACCCAAAUAUUCUAGGUUUACGCAGCAAGAACUUCCUGCUUGCAAGCCAAUUCUAACUCCUGGAUGGGUCAUUACAACCUUUAUAUUUAUCGGAAUCAUCUUCAUCCCGAUUGGUCUUGUUUCCUUGUUUGCAUCAGAGCGUGUGGUGGAAAUUGUAGACCGCUAUGAUAAAGACUGUGUUCCUCUGAAUUAUAGCGAAAAUAUGCUUGCAUUUAUACAAAGCAAUGAAACAAACAAGACCUGUACAAGGACUCUGGAGGUUCCAAAGCACAUGAAGAAUCCUGUAUAUGUUUAUUAUCAGCUCGAUAACUUCUACCAGAACCAUCGCAGGUAUGUCAAAAGCAGAAGCGAUAAACAACUGCGGAGCAAGGAAAGUGAGACCGACACAAGUUCCUGUAAUCCUGAAGGAACCACUCCAGGGGGGUCUCCAAUUGUUCCUUGUGGUCUCAUUGCUUGGAGCUUGUUCAAUGAUACCUAUGGGUUUUCAAUUAAUAAUCAAGUGUUAGAAGUUAGCAAGAAAAACAUUGCCUGGAAAAGUGACCAGGACAGUAAGUUUGGUUCUGAUGUAUUUCCAAAAAAUUUCCAGAAUGGAAGCUUGAUUGGGGGUGCUAAACUUGAUGACAAAAAACCAUUGAGUGAACAAGAGGACCUUAUUGUUUGGAUGCGAACAGCAGCACUGCCAACUUUCAGAAAACUUUAUGGGAAGAUAGAGGUGGACCUUGAAGCCAAGCAAGUGAUAACGGUGGUAAUACAGAACAACUAUAAUACUUACAGUUUCGGGGGCAAAAAGAAGCUAGUUCUGUCAACAACAACUUGGAUAGGUGGAAAGAAUGAUUUCCUAGGCAUUGCAUAUCUUACUGUUGGUGGAAUGUGUCUGUUCUUUGCAAUAAGCUUCAUACUUGUCUACGUUAUAAAGCCAAGGCCUCUGGGGGACCCUUCCUUCUUGUCAUGGAACAGAAAUCCGUCUGGACAUCCAAACUAGAACUCUUCCUUACCUGCCAUUUUCAAUUUUUAGGCAGCACUUUGGAUGCAGGACUACACUAGGCAUUCAUGGAGGAUGGUCUUCCAUCGUUAUCCUAUUUCAUCAAGAUGAUAUAUAUAAUUGCUUAUGCCAUGGACUAGUGAUCCGAAUGUAUAUAAAGCUUUACUGUUGAUACUCAGGGAACCAUUGGGCAUCAGUUGUAUACUUGUAUACAUUUCUCUUCAGAAGAGGCCAAAUCUAGAGUUAGGAUCAGUUGUUGAAUAUCAUUUUCCCAUAUAAGUCUUAAUUUAUGUUCCUGGCAUUUUGUGCACUUUCA